GGCUUCAACGAGAUGGACUUUGUCGGCGAAGGCUCGUCGGGCGGCUCGGCGUUCAGCAAAUACGUCGAUGUGUGGAACAACAUCAUUGUGCCAAAGGCGACGGGCGACACGCUGCUCAUCUCGCCCAGCUCGGCGUACCAGGCGUACGAAAAGCAGGUCGGCUGGUUCAUCGGCAACGUGACGCGCAAGCCCGACAUUCUCAGCGUGCACAUCUUCCAGGACACGGCGGAGAAGGCGCUCAAGAUCCUCGAGCACUACCGCAAGUACAAGAUGCCCAUGUGGAUCACCGAGCUGGCGUGCAUCAACUACGAGGGCCCGACGCGCUACUGCUCGCAGGACGAGACCAACACCUUCUGGCAGACGAUCAUCCCGAAGCUCGAGGCCGACAAGGAUGUG